AUUUACCUUUUCUGCCCGCUUUCACAGUGAUGCUUUUACACAAACUGACGUUAACCCCAACCCCGACAUUUUCCCCGAUCUACGACAACUUUUUCUUUUCUGAGUAGAUGAAAAGAUCACAGAACUGCCAAGAAAGCGGAGAAAAGCGAGUUUUAGCUGUAUUUCUUGAUAAUGGCGGGCACAUCUCCCAGCCUCUGCGGCUUCGACUCCCUCUCUCUUUCCCCUCCUCUUCUUCCCACCCGAAUCCGCUCUAUUAAUCGGGUCCCAAGUCGUGUUUCAACCUAUCAUACCGGAGGCGUCGCUUUAUCCUGCAGAACCGCAGCGAGAAAUGUGGGUCGGGCCAAGAUUUGGGCCAUGUGCUCCCCUUCGUUCGGGUCCCGGUUGGAGGAGACUGUAAAGAAGACCGUUGGUGAAAACCCGGUUGUUGUUUAUUCUAAGACUUGGUGUUCGUACUCUUCGGAGGUGAAAUCGUUGUUUAAGAGGCUCGGUGUGGAGCCAAUUGUCAUCGAAUUGGACCAAUUAGGUCCUCAAGGACCUCAACUACAGAAGACUUUGGAAAGAAUUACUGGACAACAUACUGUUCCUAAUGUGUUUAUAGGGGGAAAGCAUAUUGGUGGUUGUACAGAUACUAUAAAGCUACACCGGAAAGGGGAACUCGAGCCUUUGCUGUCGGAAGCUGGUGCAAUGAAAUCAACAAGCUAAUCUUUACUUUAAUUAGUUAGCUUAGCUAUUCGGCUGGGGCAGAACACAACUUAAUUAUUUAUUGAACUCAAGCAAAAUCAGUCAAUUGAUAUAUUACUCACUGCAUUAAAUCCUUCGGAAUGUCCAGAUAAUGGCUAACUGACUGUGAGUAUACUUCACUCUUGAACUAUCCUCUGAAAUUUCCAUAGUCUUGUACUUUCAAAAAGUUGUGCACUUUACAAGGAAAUAAAUCAGCACAGGCCUCACUGCCUACGGCCGUCCUGUGGUUUGAGUGUUUGGGUCUUUA